AUGUCUAAAAGGAUAUUAUGUGUUGGUUUAGUUUGUGUUGAUUUUAAAACUGUUGUUAAACAAUACCCAUUAGAGGACACCAAUCAGAGAACAAUGGAUACUAUAAUGGAGAGAGGUGGUAAUGCUAGUAAUAGUGCAACUGUAUUAUCUAUGCUAGGUUGUGAUGUAGAAUAUUUCGGUACUGUUUCUGACUGUCAAAAUAAAAACUUUAUAAUGAGUGAUUUUGAAGAAUAUGGAGUCAAUAUAAGUAAUAUAGUUAUAUGUAAUAAUAGUAAAUGUCCAGUUUCAAUAGUCAUAGUUAAUAGUGAAAACGGUUCCAGAACCAUCUUACAUAGUAACAGAUGUUUAAGAGAAUUAACUUAUGAAGAUUUUAAAAUGGUUGAUUUAAGUCUUUACAAUUGGAUUCAUUUUGAAGGACGACCAAACAAUGAUGAUAUCAGAUUAAUGAUAUUGGAUAUUAAAAAAUAUAAUCUAUCAGUUGAUUGUCAUAAACGAAUUACCAUAUCUUUAGAAUUUGAGAAAAUACGAACAUAUCCAUUAGAUAUUAUACCAUUAGUAGAUUAUGCCUUCUUCAGUAAAGAUUAUGCUAAACAUUAUGGUUUUAAUGAUAUGGAAACAUUUGUAUCACAAAAAUCAGCAGAGAAAAAUAAAACUGUGAUAUGUGCAUGGGGAGAAUGUGGUGCAGCAGCUAAAAUUCCAGACAGUUCUGUUGUGACAUCUAAAGCCUUUCCUCCCAAACAAAUGGUGGAUACUACUGGUGCUGGAGAUACAUUCAUAGCUGCCUGUUUAUAUAGUUUAAUUCAUGGACUCAGUUUAGAAGAAGCCUUGGAUUCAGGAUGUUGUCUGGCUGGUGCAAAGUGUGGCAUCAUGGGAUUACGUGGAUUGAAGAACUCAAGGGAGAUAACUUACACUUGUAAGAAAAAAAAGGACAUGGUGAAUUCAAGAUGA